CAAAUUUGAAAACCUCACUCACUAAUCACAUCCCCUUCAUCCACUAGACUCACCACAUCAUCCUUUUUAUCUCUCAUUACCACUCAGCAUGGGUCACAACGCCGUAGUCAAUCAGGGUUUCCUCAUUCUCUCUCUCUCCAUACCUGAUCCAUCUGCCAGGCCUGGAACGAGUGCCGGUCAGACGAAGAAGAAGAAGCAAAAUAUCAUCCAACGCACCACUUACUCAAUACUCUACGCCGAUGGACGGCUCGAAUGUUACCCUGGCGAUCCCUUCUCUGUGGGCUCAAGAUAUGAGGCUUCCAAAGCUACUAACAUCCUCUAUAUCUCACAAACUACCGGUUGGGCAUCGGUCACUCUUGUUGCCGAUAACUCUGAUCAGCCUCCCGAGGAAUGUCUAUCAUUUGCCAUUCGUCGCAAACCCCCGAUCUCGAACCAGUCCAACAAUUGGAAACAUCUCGGUCUUGAUGCAGAAUUGAUGGCUUUACCGACUAGCCCCACUAGCAACACGUCGGAUUUGAAGGAUCGUAAAACUUUGAAGGGCUUUUUAGGAAUUCGCGGCAAGAGAACGAAAAGCGUGGGAACUCGUAGCGUCAGCCUACAGUCUAUCAACGUUCUUGACAGCUCGGUUCCCCCUCUUCCCACCAAGUCGAUCGACGGUCUAUCGGACCUCAGUCGAACCUCACAUUGUUCAACCUUACUCAAGUCUCAGCCCUUGACUCAGCAGGAUCUUCAAUUCAAUCAAGCUCUACCUGACCCUUUGAUCUUCUCCGUUGAUUCCAUUCCAGCCAAACUCUCGUGGAUCAAAGGCUUUGAGAAAGUUUUGGUGGACCCACCUCAAGUUCUUCCAUCUAACGAUCUUCCAAUCAAACUUGAAUUUUCGCGACAUGUGACACCCUCCGAUUUGUCACCUCUCAUGUCUUCUCCAGCCUCUUCCCCCCAUCUCAAUCUCACCUUGCCCUCCUCAUCGCUACCCGGUCAUGAAUCCGACCUGAAGCCUCAUCCCCUCACACAUUCCUCUUCAAUAGGUUGUUUGAGUACCCAUAAAAUUACACCCGUCUUCAAAUCAUCACCUCUACCAAGUGCGAUCUCUCUUGGAGCAGAGCUGCCUUCUGCGUCCUCGAAACCUUGUGUGACUCAUCCUACCACCAUCUCGAAGACGCCUGCUCCCACACCCUUGGCAUCUCCCUUUACUGCCCCUCCCAAACCAUCCGUUUUACCUGAGAGCACAGGUGCAGUACCUGCUUGGAUCAAAUCUGUUCGGAACGCGAACGAAAAGAAGAUUGGACUCGAAUCUGCAGCAUCGUCGCCUAUUCCCAGAGCCCCCAACUCACUUGUACAGCCAUCUAUCAAAUCACAAUCAUCUCAAGCCUCUCUUAACAUGUCUUCAGCCUUUUCCGCAUCUAACAACUCUGCUUAUAUGUCAGACAGACGUGGUACCUUUGGGCACGGAAAUGGUAUUUCCAAAUUCACUCCCUUUAAUCAACUACGUUCUAUUGGUAAUUCAGUUGUCACGAAUCUAAAGCGAUCUGGCUCUAACCACGAGUCCUCUGAAGUGCUCCCCGUAUCUCAUGAUGGUGGGCCUAAGGUAGUUGACGAUGACCACUCAAGUAAAUCGAGUGACCUGAUCACGUCUAGUCAUGCCUACUCUUUCGAAGCCAGCUCAUUGGAUGCAUUUGAAGUAGGACCGAAAGACAAAGCUUUUCGCUUCCUCUUGCCCAAGAAGAAACGAAUUGGAUCUAUUGUUGAAGUGGCCGGCACUGAUCUAAGCGAUUCAUCUCCAGCAAUCCCUCAUAACUCAUCUAAUCUCUACUCUCUUUCCCGCACUAACUCGAUAUCCGAUCAACGUUCGAACUCUAAAAAGCUUGUAUCCGAACCUACUUCCUUCCGUUCUACCCCUGCACAGAUUCAGCGAGAACGUGAAGCAGAUUCUGAGAACUUUACGCAACUUUAUCCUAUGAAUGCAAUCGGUGACUCUAAGACUGGCUUUGGUUCGGGUCAGGGGGCUCACCCGUAUUAUACUAUCCCCUCAUUACAAGACUCUCACUUGGGUAUGAAAACUCCUCAUUCAAAAGAGUCCUUCACCGAGUGGCUAUCAGCAGCAGCGGGCCAAGCCGCUCACGAGUUGGAAUCUCCUCGUGCGAGAGUCCCUCUAGGAUCAGCUGACAAGCUUCGUGCCCUCCUCCCGACACCCCAAAGAGGUUGUAGGCGUGUUAUGAGUGGGGAUGCCAAAUCAGCCUCUGAAAACGCAAGUCUUUCGCCAGCAACAGUAGACUCCACUUACCACUCUGAUCGAUCGCCUUCUACGACGAUUUCCGAAGAGACGCCCUCUCACAAGAUGAAUUGCUCUUUGUCCCCUGACAACCUUGAUCAAAAUUCAUCCUCGUCUACGCCUCAUCAUCCAAGGUUUGGCCGAUCGAUCGAGACGGCCGAACCAAAGCUCGCAAACGACAAAUGGGUCACUAAUCAUAUCAUUCCACCACAAGAAUUGAUCCACCAACUUCAACCUAGCGCAUCAGAGAACUCGAGUCUUUGGUUACGGUCUCCUGCUCGGUUCUCUGAUAACGCGCAGUUCCUCAAGUCCCUUAGUGAGAACCAACAAUUAGCUCUGAAGCAAAGUGGCCAAAACCUGAAGGCGGCGCUCGCCGGGUCUGAUGCCAAUGGUGACGUGGGUAAUGCUGAACCUGGCUCACACGACCUUGCCACCUCGAUCCGCCCUCAGAUCCCCGGAAUUCCAUUCCCAAAAGUGAAACCCCAAGCGGUCAAUAGUGUACCCUCUCUUCCUGUUCCUGCUCGAAGAAGACGGCGCCAAAAUAGUAACGGCAGUACCCCAAACUCCAAGUCUACUUCCGCUCAGAGCUCAACAUCGAAAGGAAACGAGUUAAGCGAGUCACAGUCCCAAAUGGUGUCUUCUCGUCUACCUAACCACCGAUCACGCACUAUAUCUCAAGAUUCCCCUUCUGCCACUCAUGUGAUGCGCAUGCCCUCGCACAAACUGUCAAUAUCCGACUUGGCGUCUGCUGUUGAUGAUGACUUUGGUGACCUCGGACAGUGGGCCACGAAGGAGAAUGAUGAAAAUUUGGCCAGCGAAGUUUACACUCAUGAUGGGAUGACCACUAAGGCCAUUAAAGGACAACCUGCAAAUGAUUUCAAUAGUGCCGCUCUUACUCCGACCUAUAAAACCGUCUUUGACCUUGCACCGGCCCCCAAAAGCAGCUUUGGACAAAACCUCUACAUGAACUCCAACUCACUCUCAACCGAUAACCAAUCAUAUCGCCGUGGUAGUCAAAGUACAUUAAGAGGACUAUGA